CAGCAGGGGAGACGCCAGUUCUCUUCUCUUAUUUGCACACAGACCAGUGGACAGUGCGCACGGCACUCCCGAGGGAUCUAAAUAUCACGAAAGUCUCCUACUUUGCUCUGUCCUCAAACACAGACUCUAAAACAGGACCUAUUCGAGCUCUUUACUUUGAGAAUUGGCGGUUUUUGUUUUGUUUGUUUUUUACUUUGAAGUCAAGCGCGUUUCUUUGCGCUUUCUCGUUUGCGUCUACCGAUAAAUGGAAUCGUCUCUGGAGUUUUCCAGCUCUCUGGGCAGCGUGUCCUCACUGCUUACCCGCUGUCGGACUUUUAAGGUCCUCAUGAUCGGAGACUCCGGAGUGGGAAAGACCUGUCUCACUCACCGACUGUGUGCCGGGGAGUUCCCCAGCAGAGCCGAGGCCACUAUCGGCGUGGACUUCCGCGAGAGGGUGCUUGACAUUGAUGGAGAAAAAAUUAAGCUCCAACUGUGGGACACAGCGGGACAGGAACGCUUCCGGAAGUCUAUGGUGCAGCACUACUAUCGUAACGUCCAUGCUGUGCUCUUCAUUUAUGACGUCACCUGCCCCACCAGCUUCAACGGCCUGACUGCCUGGAUGGAGGAGUGCAGACAAAACUCCCUGGGCCUUGACAUCCCCAGGUUCCUGGUGGGUAAUAAGAGUGACCUCCGUGGCCCCCACAGAGCCGAUGCCCAGGUGAGCCAGCAGCACGCCAUGAGCUUUGCCAAAGCCCACAGGAUGAUGUUUUUUGAAACGUCUGCCAAGAACCCACCAAAUAAACACCUGAACAGACAACAUAAUGACCAGGAUCUGCUGUAUCAGCAAAACAUGGUGGAGGACAUUGUCCUGGCCAUUGGCAGCAAACUAAAGAGACAGAGGAAGCCAUCAACAACAAAUCUCCCAAUAUGCAACAGGUCUUUCAGAAUCCCAAAUAAAAAAAGGCCAGAGAAAGAGGUGUGGAAUUGCUGCUGAGAAGAGAUGUAAACUUUUUAAUGGCUGUUAUAUAUUAUGACCUUUUCAGUCUUUCAGGUGUAGAUACUUUCACUUCUAAUUUUCAAGUACCAUAGGCAAUUUUUAUAUUUAAUAUAGAGGCUAUCUUACAUAAUAAAUGGUGUAUAUAUUUUUGAUCUUCUACUCACAACUGUGAAAUAAAAUACUGUGAAUAUACACAACAUUACGGAGGCUCUGAUCCAAGUCACUAUUUCCUGAAACUAUAGAGAAUUUCAAUCUAAUUUAUAUAGUGCCAAAUCAUAACAAGUGUUAUCUCACAACACUUUACAUUUAGAGCUCUUCUAGACCAGACUCUUAAUAGCCCAAUUCACAGACACCCAACAGAAUCCUCCAGGAGCAAAUACUUGAUGACACUGGCAAAGAAACACGUCCUUUUAACAGGCAGAAACCUGGAGCAGACCCCAACUCUCGAGGAUGGUUGUCUGCCUUGACCAGUUGGGUUUAAAGAGAGAGGUUUAAAGUAAGAGAAAGACUGAGGGAGGGGGAUAGAAGGGAGGGGGGGCACAUAGAUGCACAGCAAACUAAACUAUAACUGUUAAAACUAGAACAGCUAUUACUAGUGUAAUUAUCAAUAAGUAGUACAAAUACCCAUAACUGCUAAUACUACCACUCCAGGUACUAACAAUGGAUAUACUACUGCUGUAGCUGUAAGUAACGAACAAUAGAAACCUCAGUACAACAGUGCAGCACAAUCUGAUUUGGUUCAUUCAUAGGAUGUAAUCAAUGUUUAUUGCAGUGUUUAAUGUGUUCAAACUGCAGUCAGUGUGUACUACAGGUCUCUGUUCAGUAUACUACAUUUAAGGUUCAUUGCCUUAAAACUUUAGUUGAUGUCAGACACUUUUGUAUAGUUUCUUGUUGGAUUUUAAGACUGACAAUCACCACUCUGUGAUGAGGUGAUCAAAGAAGAAAUGCACUUUUUAUUUCAUGGCCUUACUUGUGCACAGAUAAGAGGUCACACUGCACCCAAAGGACAGUUGAGGAGAGAUCUCUGCUGACUAUUCAAAAGUUAAACACUUACCCAAAGGUUGCUAUGUUAGGCACCUACUGCACGCACUAAACACGUACAGUGCAUCCGGAAGGUAUUUGAUCCCCUUCACUUUUUCCACAUUUUGUUAUGUUACAGCCUUAUUCUAAAAUGGAUUAAAUUCAUUUUUUCCUAUCAAUCUACACACAAUACCCCAUAAUGACAAAGUGAAAGAAGUUGUUUUGAGAUUUUUGCAAAUGUAUUAAAAA